GCAGCGUCCGCCGCCCGCGCGAGUCGUCUCUCCGCCUUUGUGUCCCGGCCGCGCGCCCUCCCUGCAGCCCGCGCCCGGCACCCUGGAGCCGCACGGGAGCCUGCCGUCAGAGCUGCGUUCGGCGCGGCGCCCCGGAGCCCCGAGCCCGCCGCGCCGCCGCGCCCAGCGCGUGCGCUCCCGCCCCGCACCCUGAGGGCCCCGAGUGGAGCGCCCCCGACCUCGGCGACGGCUGGAGCUGUCUGGCGCGCCCCGGAGCUGCCUGCGGUCUCCCCCUUGCCUGCCCGGAGGAUUGGGGCUCCGGCCCGCGCCCAGUCCCUCCAUCGUCCGGAGUGUGCGGCGCUGGGAGCGGCUUGGCCAUGGCCGCGAGGAGGGACUCCUUGUGGAAGUACUGCUGGGGAGUUUUGAUGGUUUUAUGCAGAACUGCGAUUUCCAGGUCGAUAGUUUUAGAGCCCAUCUAUUGGAAUUCCUCGAACUCCAAAUUUCUACCUGGACAAGGACUGGUACUAUACCCACAGAUAGGAGACAAAUUGGAUAUUAUUUGCCCCAAAGUGGACUCUAAAACUGUUGGCCAGUAUGAAUAUUAUAAAGUUUAUAUGGUUGAUAAAGACCAAGCAGACCGAUGCACUAUUAAGAAGGAAAAUACCCCUCUUCUCAACUGUGCCAGACCAGACCAAGAUGUAAAAUUCACUAUCAAGUUUCAAGAGUUCAGCCCUAACCUCUGGGGUCUAGAAUUUCAGAAGAACAGAGAUUAUUACAUUAUAUCUACAUCAAAUGGGUCUUUGGAGGGCCUGGAUAACCAGGAGGGAGGGGUGUGCCAGACAAGAGCCAUGAAGAUCCUCAUGAAAGUUGGACAAGAUGCAAGUUCCGCUGGGUCAACCAGGCAUAAUGAUCCAACACGACGCCCAGAACUAGAAGCCGGUACAAAUGGAAGAAGUUCAACAACAAGUCCCUUUGUCAAACCAAAUCCAGGGUCAAGCACAGAUGGCAGCAGCGCCGGACAUUCCGGGAACAAUAUCCUCGGUUCCGAAGUGGCCUUAUUCGCAGGGAUUGCUUCAGGAUGCAUCAUCUUCAUCGUCAUCAUCAUCACGCUGGUGGUCCUCCUGCUCAAGUACCGGCGGAGGCACAGGAAGCACUCGCCGCAGCACACGGCCACGCUGUCGCUCAGCACGCUGGCCACCCCCAAGCGCGGCGGCAACAACAACGGCUCGGAGCCCAGUGACAUUAUCAUCCCGCUGCGGACUGCGGACAGUGUGUUCUGCCCCCACUACGAGAAGGUCAGCGGGGACUACGGGCACCCCGUGUACAUAGUCCAGGAGAUGCCCCCCCAGAGCCCGGCCAACAUUUACUACAAGGUCUGAGACUCGGCGGUGCCUUGGCUUUCCCGGAGGAAACUUCCUGACCCGCUGCCGCCCGAGGAGGGUUUGAUGACCCCCUGUGCCUCGACUGGACUGGAGCACAGCGGGGGAGCGGGAACGCCGCUUCUCGGAAGAGCCCCGUUGAGUUGGACAGCUGACCUCGUCUGUAGCGC